ACCGGCACGCAUGAAUGGAAGCAAGCCAACAUGCCCUCAUGAUCAUGAGGCCACAGCACUCGUCAUCACACCUGGCCCACGUUGGACCAACAGCUGGGGGACUCGCCCUGACUGUCCAGGGUCAGGGCUAACGGCAACGAGUGCUCGUCGUAUAAAGAGCCUGCAAUGUACACUGUUUUCUCCAGAUCCCGUCCUCUUCACAAUCAGGUUAGAUAUCAGCCUUGCAUAUCAUCGUGACAUCGUUGUCUGACAUGACCCCACAGAAACAACAUGUCUUACACAAUCGUAGUCAGAGUCAUCGACGCCACCAACAACAACUCCAAUUUCACGCUCGCCGAGAAAACCGUCUGGCACUACGCCAAUGGCGGGAGGUGGUCCGACACAGACUCGAUCCAGACACUCACCAUGGGUGGCAGUGGUACGUCUGGUGGACUCCGCCUCAAAAGCUCUACCGGGGAGGAGUUGUUCGUGGUGCUAGGCAUCCACAACUACAAGAGGUGGUGCGACAUCAGCACUGACCUCACACCUGAAGACACGGGAAUGAAGAUCCACCCCGAGUACUACACGGACGGCACCGCUCAGAACAAGUUGCUGUGGGAGCAACUGUCUGAGAUCCAGAAGACCAGCGCAAAGGGAACCAAGGUGAAUGUGAAGUACGUCCAGGAGGCGGCCGACGGAAAGUCCUUCGUCGUUCACAUCACCAUUGCUUGAAUAUCUUGAAGUUGUGCGCACCGCUCUCGUACCAAAGCAGAUGUUGAAAGAUGGCGAAUGACUCAGAUUGGCGGAACGAAUGUACUAUUAGUAUCUUGAUGAAUGUUUUGU